AUGGGUCAGCAAUCAAGCAGAGAACAUGCACCCUUGACAUUUGGCUAUGUGAAUCAUGCGCACGACGAAGAAAACGGCGACAUCAUUGAAUCACUGCAAGACAUGGACACAAAUCAAAAGGACUUUGUGUUGGCUAAUCCACAUUUAUACCAAUUGCAGUCCAUUUGCCACGAAUGCAACAAGCUCAAGGCGGGCAAUGAGGUGGUGGUCUCGCUUACUGGUGAAUCAUGCUCCAAAUGUCAGAAACAAAAGAGAUUGUCAUUGGUCCGAAAAGACUUGGCAGAGGAUUUGGAAUACAUUGAUCAAACAUACUACCCAGAUUUAGUCCACUACAACACCUCUGAGCAACAAGACCCUAUGGAGAAAGAAUUGCUGCAGUUUGAAAAGGACGACAACGAAGCAGACAACGGCUCUCCUCAACAAUGGUCCAGAUUGACUAUCGGUGAAGUGACUCCGGGAGGUACAAAGAGAAGACCAAGACGUCUCACAGGUCCUUCUAUGGCGGUGGAUUUGUCUGCUCGGUCGCUGGUGAAACUGAGCCCAAGUAUAGGCUAUCUCGAUAGCUUGACUAAACUCAACCUCUCAAACAAUCAAAUGACAAGCCUGCCUCGGGAAUUGGGCUAUCUCAAAAAUUUGCGUGUGCUCAACAUAUCCAACAAUGCCAUUGACGAGAUACCCGACACUAUUGCCUUCUUGACCAAACUCAAAGCCUUGAAUGCGAGCCAUAACAAGCUUGUGCAACUGCCUUCCUCCAUUGGUCAAUUACCUAAAUUAGUGAUUAUUAUUGCCAAUCACAACAACCUCACCUCGCUCCCUCGAGAAUUCUCGCAUUUGGUUAACCUGAUUUCACUCAAUGUUUCAAACAACCCACUCAAAUCACUGCCUGCUGAGAUUGCUGCUCUUGGAUCGCUUCGAAAAUUAAUCACAGAGGAGUGCGACUUUCAGCACGAAUACAGCUAUGACCUCAGACACAAUCCACCUUCCCUGUUUGAAACGUGCGCUCGUAUCGCUGUUCGAUCUCAACAAAAUAUCCCAAAUCAGCUGGCUGAUCAUAUCAAAGAUUAUAUUUCUCGCGCAGAUACCUGCUCUUAUUGCCAAGGCCCGUUUUUUGAUAGUUUUGUUACGCGAGCUCGUUUCAUUGAACGAAGAGCUGGUCAGCCCCUGGCGCUGGAAUACACGCUGUGUUCGGCGCAUUGGACGCAUGAAAAUGAUAGAUUGCUCGCCAUGUUCUCUCAACAGCCUGCCGGUACCAUGUUGAACAAGGUCAGAAUUGACAUGGAUGGUUUGAAUGAUGCGCCCACUACCACCUCUGCUCGUCAUCGUGCUUACAGCGAUAGCUGUGCCAGCAGCCCAUACAAAUCACCCACCAUCGCUACACCUUCACCGCUUUCUCGACGAUCCAACUCAAAUGCAUCGGAUUAUCCACCCUCUACUUCCAUCGCUACAGACUACUUUUCAUUAUCAACACCCAUCUCAUCCUUGCUCAAAAAUCAGCCUGAUUUACCAGCACUUCCCAUCACAGAAGAACCAUCCAGUUUUGCAACAGGUUCGAGAACUCCUGGAUCGUCUCCUCGUCCAUCCUCUCCUUCUCCCUCAUCCAUGCUGCUUUUACCUCCCAGAAGCAACAGACCUCGUGCAUCUUCAGCAGCCUCUGUAACGAAACGAUUGACCAACUUUAUUCGUUCCAACAGCAGUUCCUCCAUUACUAGAUCCCGUAGUCCCAGUACUUCAUCUACCACUUCGUUGCGCCAAGAAGUAUCGGCCAGUGUUGUCAUUCCUCAACCCUCAGUAACCACAGAAACAUCGCAGAAUGGAUUGCGUGAUUGGGCCGACAGUAUUCAAAUCGCUGCUGCUGCCGCUGCUGACACCAUAGCGCACAGUCAACAGCAACAAGACCAAAUCAAUGACAUGUUAAAGUCGCACCAUCAACAUCACCAUCAUUAUGCUACUGAAGUGUCAUCAGAAACAUAA